GUUUUGUGUUCAGUCUAAUCUGUACCGUGACAGAAGAGACAACACUGCACAGUAAGCCACGAUGCUGCCCUCCACCCUCGGCCCCACAGAGCCGACCGCGCUCACCCCCCUGCCUGCCAACGACUCCUCCUUUCUGGACUCGGAGUUCCGCUACGUCCUCUUCCCUCCCGUCUAUGGCCUCAUCUUCAUCCUGGGCCUCCUCGCUAACAUCUAUGUCCUCUUCGUCAUCCGCUGCCUCCGCGAAGCUAAAGCCAUGGGCGAAAUCCGCAUCUACAUGACCAACCUUACCAUCGCCGACCUCCUGUUCGUGAGCGCGCUGCCGUUUUGGGUCGAUUACUACAGUCGUCAUGGCGAUUGGAUAUAUUCCGACUUCAUGUGCCGCUUAACUGGAUCUCUGUUCUUCAUCAACACCUAUUCUUCCAUUCUUUUCUUGGGAGCGAUAAGUGUCAACCGGUACUGGGCCGUCGCGCGACCACUCGAUGCCGUAUCUUCGGAUCGCAGAUGUCGCGGGAUUGUAAUUUGCGUCCUGAUCUGGCUAGCGAUAGUCGGCAUGUCCAUUCCGUAUCUGCUGUCACCUGGAACCAACAUGGAUUCCAAUGGGAAGACGCGUUGUUUCGAAGGCUACCAGGACCAAACGGACUCGCAGAAGAAAACCGUUGCCGCUACGCAUUUCGGCAUCAUCGGUAUGUUUUUCGUGAUGUUUGUCCUGGUCAUCGUUUGCAACCUGCUGAUCGUGCAAAACCUCCUCACGCAAAACCCGCCGCAAUCGCAAAUACGAUCCGCUACAAUCCUAUCCAGGAAGUCUACCAGAACUUUGUCCAAUGUGAAACGCGCAAGAGGUGUCAAACGGAGGGCUACGCAAAUGUUGCUAGCGGUCGUCGGCGUGUUCAUUCUAUGCUUCCUGCCGCAUCAUGUUGUCCAAGGUCCCUGGGUGUUGGCGGUGUUGCAGAUUCAAGACGGCUGGGGGCACGUGGAUUGGUCAGGGAACACGUUGCAGAUCCUCAACGACACGCAUCAGGUGACUUUGAUUCUGAUGGGGUUGAACUGUAUCCUGGAUCCGGUGGUGUACUAUUUUGCGACCAGGAAGUUCCGAAGGUUUAUCAUGGAAAAUUUGAGAAGGUUUGUCAAAGGAGAAGGUUGCUCCAACACGAGCACCUCACAGCUCUCCAUGGACAGCAAACAUCAGGUACAGCUUCAGGAGAUGGAGAGAUGAAGCGGACAUUAUUUGUGAAUAAACUGCCAUGGCCUGCCUUAAAGACUUUAAAUGUGAAAAACAACUAAUUCAUUUUAAAUGGUUAUUCCUCACUUACCUUAUGCAUUCUGAGCAUCCUAAUUAUUCACCACGAUGAGUCUAUAAGAUGCAGACAGCACACAGUGGAAGUAUUUUGACCCUAUUUGUACUGGGGCAAGCCAAAUAAACAAGUGGACUAAGUGAGUGUGACGUCGCCCAUAGAGCAACGUUGUGAAUGGGACUGUUAUAAAUGUUCAUAUCUGUUUCGUUAUAAUAAUGUAAAGAACAAAAAUGUAAAAAUUCACUGUUGAAAAACUCUUUGUUAGAUUAUUGUGUCUUAUUGGUACUUUGCAGCUGAUGUCAUCGACUGGAGGGGUGUUUUCCUCCUUGAGUUUUAAAUCUAAAAACGUAUAAGACUGUGUUUGCUAACGUGUGCAUUGUGUCACCACAGCAACGGCGUAACAUUCCGCCAUAGACAUACGUGCAGUCCCCUCACGCAGGAUGUCAUUGCAAAGUGUCAAUUGCGUUUCAUGUGUAAAACAAAACAGCACCUUUUGAAUUGUUGUUAGUAUUGUUUCUAGUAUUGUUGAAGAAGAAGACUUAAAGCUGGGGUUAUUUUCCCACUUCGCAAGAGGAAGUAUGUAUCUUUAGCACUCUGUUUUUACACAUUGCAGUGACAGUGAAUUUUGUCUUUAGGGGAAAACACAAUAUCUCACUUACAAAAGAAAAAAAACAAAAAACGCUGUGUGCCCCAGUUUCACAAGGAUUUUGUAUUGAAAUUUGUAUUUAUUACUGUAAUUUUGAAUGUGUUUGUAUUUUUUAUAACACAAUGUAUCAUGUAGCAAUUUACAUAUACAA